AUGAGGGAAUCACCCGGAGCUGCGUCAGCUGGUCCAAGUGUCCAGCCUGCCGACUCUCCUCGACGACUCAAUUUCAAGAUAUCCGCAUACGAUCUAGACACCAUCAAACAACGUUUCGGAGAUUGGAUGUCACUUGCAACUGCUGGAUUUAAACAGCAAACAGACGAACUCCGUCAACGCACAGAUGAGCUCACGCAGAAAACGUCCACAAAGUUAUUUAAAUUGGGCUCUCAACUCAACCGCGUAACGGGGUACGAGCAGAUUGAGGCGCUUAAACAACGGGUGGUUGAACAAGAGGCUAGAAUCAAGGCUACGCGUCAAGCAGCUCGAGGGGCUAAGACAGCGUAUGAUGAUGCUGUCUUGCAGCGUUCUCUUUCCCAGCGCCAAGUGAAUGAGCUCUUGCAGCGCAAAUCUUCGUGGACAGACGGCGACGUCAGCGCAUUUACUUCUCUCGUGCGUUCAGAUCAUCACCUGGAACAACACGAGGUCGCGACGAAGGCCAAGGUCUCCGAAAACGAAGAUGCAUUGGACAGAGAGUUUGGAGAGCUCAUGCGCGCCAUUCUGGCUAGGUACCACGAGGAGCAAGUUUGGAGUGACAAGAUCCGAAGUGCGAGUACCUAUGGGAGUAUGAUGGUGCUUGGGGUUAAUGUGGUGGUGUUCAUACUGGCGAUCGUGGUGAUUGAGCCUUGGAAGAGGCGGAGACUAGCGCAAACGUUCGAGAAGAAGGUAGAAGAAAUGGCCGCGGAGACCCAAGCUUUGAUAGAGGCUGGGAGUGCGAAACUGGAUGAGCGAUUGGUAAAGCAGGAGAGAUUGAUCUCUGAGAUUGUGGAAAGGGCGGCAUACGAUGCAAGAGAUUUGCCUAGUUCGGUGUCACUGCUGCCAGCUGUGACAGCAUCCGUCGCUGGGGAAAAAGUGAACGCUGGGCCGGAGCAAGCAUCGAUAUGGUGGCAUCCGAUAUCACGCAAUGUUCAAGAUCGCGAGGUACUGCUUGUUGUGGGCAGUGCUGUUGCAGGUGGUGCAGUUACCCUCGUAGCCCGAAGUCUUUUCGGAAGUUAG